GGUGACAAAGGAAAGGUGAUUUUUCAGUACAGAGAUUCGCGACGCCGGUACCAUACAAACCAAAGAGCAGCUCGCAACCGUGCCGGACCGCCGAUCCUGAGUCUCUCCUGACCAUGGGCCCGCGAAGCCGAGAACGUCGGGCAGGGGCAGUUCAGAACACCAACGACAGCAGCGCCCUCAGCAAGAGUUCCCUGGCCGCCCGCGGGUACGUACAUGACGCCUUUGCCGCGUUGCUGGUUCCGGGGACCGCGCGUCGCGCGCCGCUCAUCCACCGCGGCUACUACGUGCGCGCGCGCGCCGUCCGGCACUGCGUGCGCGCCUUCUUGGAGCUGACGUGCGCGUCUCCCGAAGCGCCUCGGGCCCAGAUCCUAUCCCUCGGAGCCGGGUCCGAUUCGCUGUAUUUUCGCCUCAAAACUGCGGGCCGUCUGGCUAGAGCUGCGGUCUGGGAGGUGGAUUUCCCGGACGUGGCGCGACGCAAAGCUCAGAGGAUUCGAGAUACGCCGGAACUAUGUGCGUUAACCGGACCUUUCCAGAGAGUGGACCCCGAGUCAGCGCUGUGCUUCGAGAGUUUGGACUUCCACAUCCUGGGCCUGGACCUGCGGCAGCUCCAGCGCUUGGACGACGCCUUGGCCGCCGCGGGCCUUGACGCUGCCGCGCCCACUCUGCUCCUAGCAGAGGCCGUGCUGACCUACCUCGAGCCCGAGAGUGCCGCAGCCCUCAUCGCCUGGGCAGCCCGGCGUUUUCCUAAUGCCCUUUUCGUGAUCUACGAGCAGAUGAGGCCGCGUGACGCCUUUGGCCAGUUCAUGCAGCAACAUUUUCGGCAGUUGAAUUCACCACUACAUGGCCUAGACAAGUUUCCCGAUGUGGAGGCCCAGCGGCGUCGCUUCCUUCAGGCUGGCUGGGCGGCUUGCAGUGCCGUGGACAUGAAUGAAUUCUAUCACCGCUUUCUGUCAGCAGAAGAACGCCGGCGGAUGGAAAACCUUGAACCCUUUGACGAAUUUGAGGAGUGGCAUCUGAAGUGUGCCCACUAUUUCAUUCUCGCAGCCUCUAGGGGAGAUGCCCUUUCCCAAAUUAUGGUGUUUCCCCCCUCAGAGGUGUUUCUCUGGGUAGAUCCUGCUUCCCCUUCAGGGCUCAUUCCUGCCAAAGUAAUUACAAGUGACAGCCGGGGGCCUGCCUUUAAGAGAUACGGCCAUGCCUCUGCCCUCUUGAGCCCAGGCAUUAUUCUUAGUGCAGGAGGCUUUGGAGAACAGGACGGGCGGCACUGUCGAGUGAGCAAGUUUCACUUGCUCUCAAGAUAUCAUGACUUUGGGUGGAAAAGCAGCCAAAUAUGGGGAACUGGAGACCAGUGGGAUGGGCGGCUUUAUCACACUAUGACAAGACUUUCAGAUACUCAGGUUGUGGUUCUGGGCGGGAGACUGUCCCCGUUAACUCCAGCCUUGGGGAUUCUCCAGCUUCAUUUUUGUUUUUGUAAGAGAGAGGACAGUAGCACAGAGGAUCUGAGGGUGACGAUAAUCAAGGCUAGUCCUGAAAAAGAUUGCAGUUUGUCUUGUUGGCGGCAUUCAACAACAGAAGUGUCUUAUCAAAAUCAGAAAUACUUGUUUGUGUAUGGGGGUCGAAGUGUGGUGGAACCUGUACUAAGUGACUGGCAUUUCCUACAUGUGGGAACAAUGACUUGGGUCAGGAUCCCAGUGGAGGGAGAUGUACCUGAAGCUAGGCAUUCCCACAGUGCCUGCAGUUGGCAAGGGGGAGCCCUUAUUGCUGGAGGUCUGGGGGCUUCUGAGGAACCAUUGAGUUCUAUACUCUUUCUGAAACCAGUUUCUUGUGGAUUCCUUUGGGAGUCAAUGGACACCCAGCCUCCCAUUACUCCAAGGUACUCCCACACAGCUCAUGUGCUCAAUGGGAAGCUUUUGCUGGUUGGAGGGGUCUGGAUUCAUUCCUCCUCAGUUCCUGGAGUGACUGUUAUUGACUUAACUACAAGACUGAGCACUGAAUAUCAGAUUGACACAACAUGUGUGCCAUGGCCAUUAAUGCUACACAACCAUACCAGCAUCCUCCUUCCUGAAGAGCAAAAGCUUCUGCUCCUUGGAGGUGGUGGGAACUGCUUUUCCUUUGGCACUUAUUUCAACCCCCAUACGGUGACAUUAGAGCUUUCUUCCUUAUGUACUGGUUAAUACGGACUGCAUUCUUGAUAUAUUCAGUACCCACUAAAGUAUUCAAUCAAAGUGUCCACAAGUAAAAUUUUACUCCGACUAUAGCUAUUGUUAUUCCCAUGCCUCUUUUUUUCUUAGCAACACUAUACAGUGCAGAAAGUGAUACCAACAAUCAGAGAGAAGGUACAAAAAAUAAAACAUGGCUAGCCCUAUCUGAUGACAGUGGCCAUACAAUCCUAGAGUAGGAAUUGGAGGCUUUUGGAUUCAUGUAUCCAAUUUAUUGAUCUUCCCAUUAUCCAAUCUAAGGUGAUUCAUUUAUUGAGUUAAAAUGAGCUUUUGCCUAAAUCAAAUAAAAAUUCCCCUAUCUCAGGCUUUGUGAUUUGAGAUAGUACCUUAGAAAAAGAUUUCACACAGAUCCUUGGUAAGAACACAAGAUUGAAUAUAGUUGAAGGAAAAUGGUAUUGACCUUAUUCUUUGCAUAUAAAACCUGAAAUGAACACAGUUGCAAUUUGAUUAAAGCACCAUGCUGUUUAGUGCAGCAGAGAACUCUGGGGUAACUUUAACAACAACUACAAAAAAACAUUUGUAGGACUUUAUUGAUAAACAUAUUUUUGGUCCAUGUCUUGCCACUGGUUUCAGAAUUAUUUAAAUUUAUAAGCACCAGUAGAAUAAAUGUUUGAUGCUUUAAGUUA